GCCGCCAUCCAGGUGACUAAGCCGGCCCACUGGCACUGAGUCACCGCCCGCCCCGAGCUUUUCUGGCUUCUCCUUCGCAUCCGAUUAUUUCGGGAGCUGGAAACUUGAGCUGCACCUGAGUCCCGCCCCUUCUUGCUCUCCCCUCCCUACCUCGGGCUCCAGGAAGAUGGGAGUUGCUGUGAGUCUGCCGUCGCCCCCUAAGGAUAUGGAAGACGCUGCGGGGGCCAGCGGUGCCCGGGGGACGCCGGCAGCCCGCAGAGUGCCAUCGCAGAUAUGGUGGUAGGCUACCCUGUGCCCUCCGGAGGUGUCAGGAGAGAAGGGGAGGCUUGUCCCAGCCGACUGGAGUCCUCCCGGGCUGGCUUUGAACUCACCUCCCGUGGGGAUGUUUCUGUAAAGGAGUGGCUUCUAGGGUCGGAGUGGCAUUGGGAGAGCGAGGCUGGAUUGGCUUAGGCUGACCUGGCAGGGAGCGCUGCUUCCUGGGUUAGAGACAAGCACCAGCCUGCAGUGGGAGAGCUUGAGGCCCAGCUGCCCAGAAGGAGCGGCCAAGGCCUGCGGAGGACUGGCCCGGGGAGGCCCUUGGUCUUCCCUGUCCUCAGCGCCUAAGAGAGCUGCCCGCCGAAGGCUGAGGAGUCUCGAGGAAGAGGAGGCGGCCAGAGGAAGGCGCCGGAGGCGGCACCAUGUUCCGCAAGAAAAAGAAGAAACGCCCUGAGAUCUCAGCCCCACAGAACUUUCAACACCGUGUCCACACCUCCUUUGACCCCAAAGAAGGCAAGUUCGUGGGCCUCCCCCCACAAUGGCAGAACAUCCUGGACACGUUAAGGCGCCCCAAGCCUGUGGUGGACCCUUCGCGCAUUACGCGAGUGCAGCUCCAGCCCAUGAAGACGGUGGUGCGGGGCAGCUCCGGGCCUGUGGACGGUUACAUCUCGGGGCUGCUCAACGACAUCCAGAAGCUGUCGGUCAUCAGCUCCAACACCCUGCGUGGCCGCAGCCCCACCAGCCGACGGCGGGCACAGUCUCUGGGGCUGCUGGGGGAUGAGCACUGGGCCACUGACCCAGACAUGUACCUCCAGAGCCCCCAGUCUGAGCGCACUGACCCCCACAGCCUCUACCUCAGCUGCAAUGGGGGCACACCAGCAGGCCACAAGCAGAUGCCAUGGCCCGAGCCACAGAGCCCACAGGUCCUGCCCAAUGGGCUGGCCACGAAGGCACAGUCCCUGGGCCCUGCCGAGUUCCAGGGUGCUUCUCAGCGCUGCCUGCAGCUGGGUACCUGCCUGCAGAGUUCCCCCCCAGGCACCUCACCCCCUACAGCCACCGGCAGACGUGGGAUGAAGGCUGCCAAGCAUGGCUCUGAGGAGGCCCGGCCACAGUCCUGCCUGGUGGGCUCGGCCACAGGCAGGCCCUCUGGGGAAGGCAACCCUAGCCCAAAGACCCAGGAGAGCAGCCUGAAGCGCAGGCUUUUCCGAAGCAUGUUCCUGUCCACUCCUGCCACGGCGCCUCCAAGUGGCAGCAAGCCAGGCCCUCCACUACAGAGCAAGCCCAGCUCAUCCUUCCGACCGCUGCAGAAAGACUCCCCAACAAGCCUGGUGGCCAAGGCCCAGUCCUUGCCCUCCGACCAGCCAGCGGGGACCUUCGGCCCUCUGACCACUUCGGAUACCAGCAGCCCCCAGAAGUCCCUCCGUACUGCCCCGGCCGCAGGCCCGCUUCCAGGCCGGUCUUCCCCGGCCGGCUCCCCCCGUACCCGGCACGCCCAGAUCAGCACCAGCAAUCUGUACCUGCCCCAGGACCCCACGGUGGCCAAGGGUGCCCUGGCUGGCGAGGACACGGGUGUUGUGACGCAUGAGCAGUUCAAAGCUGCACUCAGGAUGGUGGUGGACCAGGGUGAUCCCCGGCUGCUGCUGGACAGCUACGUGAAGAUUGGCGAGGGCUCCACGGGCAUCGUCUGCCUGGCCCGGGAGAAGCACUCAGGCCGCCAGGUGGCCGUCAAGAUGAUGGACCUCAGGAAGCAGCAGCGCAGGGAGCUGCUCUUUAACGAGGUGGUGAUCAUGCGAGACUACCAACACUUCAACGUGGUGGAGAUGUACAAGAGCUACCUGGUAGGCGAGGAGCUGUGGGUGCUCAUGGAAUUCCUGCAGGGCGGGGCCCUCACAGACAUUGUCUCCCAAGUCAGGCUGAACGAGGAGCAGAUCGCCACUGUGUGUGAGUCUGUGCUGCAGGCCCUGGCUUACCUGCAUGCCCAGGGUGUCAUCCACCGGGACAUCAAAAGCGACUCCAUCCUGCUGACACUUGAUGGCAGGGUGAAGCUCUCCGACUUUGGAUUCUGUGCUCAGAUCAGCAAAGACGUCCCUAAGAGGAAGUCCCUGGUGGGAACUCCCUACUGGAUGGCUCCUGAAGUGAUCUCCAGGUCUUUGUAUGCCACUGAGGUGGAUAUCUGGUCUCUGGGCAUCAUGGUGAUUGAGAUGGUGGAUGGGGAGCCGCCUUACUUCAGUGACUCCCCAGUGCAAGCCAUGAAGAGGCUCCGGGACAGUCCCCCACCCAAGCUGAGAAACUCUCACAAGGUCUCACCAGUGCUGCGAGACUUCCUGGAACGGAUGCUGGUGCGGGACCCCCAAGAGAGAGCCACAGCCCAGGAGCUCCUGGACCACCCCUUCCUGCUGCAGACGGGGCUGCCCGAGUGCCUGGUGCCCCUGAUCCAGCUCUACCGCAAGCAGACCUCCACCUGCUGAGCCCACACCCUGAGUGCACCUGCCACCUGUGCCCACAGGCGGGGGACACUGGGCAGCCAGCCUGCUGGCAGGGCUUGCCUGCCUCAUUCUCUCAGUAUUCUCUCCAAAGAUUGAAUGUGAAGCCCCACCCCCACCCUCCUGCCCCUCAGCCUGCUGGGCCAGGCCGGACCUGCCCCCUCCGUCUUUCUCCCUCCGCAGUCCCCAGUUGCCUCUGGGAUGAGGGAGACUUCUUCUACAGGAUGACCCUUUGUCAUUUGCACAGGGAUAUUUCUAAGAAAUGCGGAGACCAGCGCUCCUGGCCACUGCGGCCAACACAGCAGAAGAGGCUGCUGUGGUUUUUUAAAGGUAGUUGUACACUAGCAUCCCAGGCCACCAGAGAGGGCAGACUGCCUGUCUUCACACAGAUACUUGCUGUUCUCAGCUCCGGCUUCCAACCUUGGGGGUCUCAAGAGGGCCCAGGGAAGGGUUUUAUUACCUGAGACCCUCCUCUUCCUUUGUGUCUGACAUCCUGAAGACACGGGCCCACCACACCUGCUUCCCGACCCGCUCUGCCUCCCUUACAACCUGCUCAGAACUGUAAAUGGCCGGCCGUGGCCGCGGGAGGGGCGAUGGGGCAUUUUCUGAGUCAAAGAGAAAGAAUGGAGUUGGUGGUACAAGUGGUCGCGCUUCACAGGAUGGAGAGAACACCGUGUGUGUGUGUGUGUCUGUGUGUGUGUGUGUAAGGGGAGGAAGGUCACCCAACAGCCCGGGUCCCUUCAGGUCACCCACAGCCAGCUUCAGGAAGGCCACCCCACUGUCUGUCCCACUAAGUUCUGGCCUAAAAGGGCCUGCUUUCUUGGCCUGGAUUCCCACCUCUCAAGUCCCAUGUUUCUACCCUACCCGUGAAGAGGGCUGUAUUGAGUCUAACACAUCCUGGGAGCUCGGGAGGCUUCUGAGUUCCUCCUGUACUGUCGAGUGUGAGGGCCAGAGAUAGAAGCCCUAAGAGAAUAUAAACUCUGUCAAUUUUGUCUCAAUAACCAGGUCAUCAGGGACCCAUUCUUCUCUUCAGAACCCUGCUGGGGGAGAAGGUGAUCACCUCCUGGGGUUCUAUCAUAUCAAGGGCAUGGUCACCCCAUUUGUGCGAACCAUCUGCCCUAGCUGCCUCCGCAGACACCUGUCUCCUUGUCCUACUUCCCUCCUCGCCUUCAGGGCUGCUGUGAAACAGGGAAUUCCAGGGAAGAACUUCAGGUGUCUGGACCCUAUCUAGAUAAUAUUUUUAGAUUCCUCUGCUCCCUAGUGGCCUGCUUUGGGGCAAAGAAAUUGCAAGGACUUUUUUUUAAGGGUCAGAGUUUUCAAAACAAAAGCAUCUUCCCUAGAAACUUUUGUGAAUUGUUUGCACUUGUGCCUGUUUUAAAUUAAACUGAGUGUUCAAAACC